GCACUGCAAGGUGGUGGUGUACGACGUGCCGUACCGCAGCCAUCGCGAGGUUACUAAGAAGGAGUGCGGCCAGCCCGCCUGAGCCGCCUCCGCUGACCUGGCCAGCCCGCCUGAGGCGUUUCCGCUGACCUGGCCUGACCGCCGAGCGCGUUGUCCGCCGUGUCGGGUGGACGUGGUACAUCUGACGGUGGGAGCGGCGCGGCGCUCCUGUGACCUCGCUGCGGCCAGGAGCGAUUCCUUUGAUUCAUAUCUUUGUAACCGACCGUCGAUGAUUUUGCAUUCCUUGGCAUCUUUGUCGUGGAUAUUAUUGUAAGUUUUUCAAUCAUGUCAUGGGUUUCCAAUGAUCCUGUGAAGAAGUGGUGCUGAUUUCUCAGUAACUACGCUUGUGCCACUGGUUUUAGUUAUGAUACCGGUUGAUGACUUAAGUAAAGUGCAGCUUUUGCGAUUCCUACAUGUUCUACGGUGCGCGUUGACGUCUUUCAGCCCGGCAGAUAUGCUUAACACAAAAUACAGUAUUUUUAAUGA